UACUCUCUCCUCUACCGCACUAUGGCUCGGCCCAAUCUUUAUCGGUCUGGAAACACUACUUCUCCCAGAUUUGAUAAUGUUCGUAAGGGUAAAGAUAUCCAGGUCGACAAGAAUGACAACGUGAUCCUAGGUUCCGGAGGCGUAUCCACGUUUACAGCUGCACAGCAAGGCUGGAAGCCGCAGAGCACUUGGAUCUUGCCGGGAACAGCAAACAUAGGAUCGCAUCUCAAAGCACUGAACGAUCAUGGAGCGCACUGGUUGAUUGCGCCCGCUUCCGAGAUGUCCUUCAAUGCCUAUGUCGACUAUUUGAAACCUCUCAACUCGAUGUGUCAUAAG